UUCAAACAAGCGAUAAAUGAAUCAUUGUGUGACUGAAUGUUCUCAUAAUUCAGAUACAGUUUGUUUAAUCUCAAACACCAAAGAAGACAUUAAAUAUUUAUUUGUUUCAAGUUUCUACCAAGCCCAAGGCCAAAUUCAAUCCGUGGGCCCACCCUCUGAUCACAAACUACAUCCCUCCAAAGCAAACUAAUGGCCAUUAUAAAAGGACAAGUUCUGACAGACAGCUCACAUUAGCUCUUGAGGAUGGACGUUGUCUCCAUGGGGACUGUGAGGAUGUCCCAGAUGUGGAUGUUGAGAUGGGUCAUCGUAAUGGUCGGGCUGCAGUCCGUACGAUCAGACUUCAUGCUAGAUUAUGGGGACAGCAUGAAGGAUCCUAUGGACUGGUCGCCAUCAACAACACCAGUGUUCACCACUAUGACGACUGUGAUGGUAACAAAAGCUGAACCGAAUCCUGAUCACCAGUCCACGAUCUGCAGCACAUGGGGAAAUUUCCAUUUCAAGACAUUUGAUGGUCAUUUCUUUCAAGUGCCAGACACGUGCAACUACGUUCUGGCGGUGAUGUGUGACACCACGACUUCGGAUUUUAACAUCCAAAUGCAAAGAGAGAUUGUAAAUAACUCAAUCACUUUUAGUACAGUCACAAUAAAGCUGGAGGGGGCAGUCAUCAAACUCACCAAUGGCGACAUCACGAUGGACGAUCAAGCGGUGUCUAUUCCAAUCAAUCAGAAUGGAAUUAAAAUCGAAGGAAGCCAAACAAGUAUUAAGAUCUCCAAAUAUGGAUUGACUGUCUUUUGGGAAGAAGACAACUCUAUAUUGAUUGAACUUGCAGAGAAGUACCAAGGUCAGACCUGUGGACUCUGUGGAAACUUCAACGGCAACAAGGAUGACGAUAUUUCUGAAAACGGUCCGGCCAGAUGGAAGGUGUCCACACCAACUGAAUCCUGCGAGGAUGUUAUACUUCCACCCGGGGAUCAAUGUGACCAGCAUGCAAGCGUUUGCCAGCAGUAUCUCAGCAGUCCAGGGUUUAGUGACUGUUUCAAUGUGAUGGACAUGGGUUCAUUUGAAACAGCUUGUGUAGAGGAUCUGUGUCAAUGUUACGGCAAUUACGACUGUCUCUGCAACACGCUCACGGAGAUUUCACGACAGUGCACACAUGCUGGAGGAAAACCAGGAACAUGGAGGACAGAGCAGCUCUGUCCAAAGUCAUGUCCUCUAAACAUGCAAUACCUGGAGUGUGGUGGUCCGUGCAAGAACACCUGCUCAGAUCCAGACGCAAGUCUAAUGUGUAAAGAGCACUGUGUGGACGGCUGUUUCUGCCCAGAAGGCACCGUGGAAGACGACAUUGGUCAGAGUGGCUGUGUUCCUGUGAACGAGUGCCCAUGUGUUCAUGAUGGCGCAGUAUAUCAAUCGGGAGAGUCUUACAAACAAGCUUGUAAAAAAUGUAUGUGUGCCUCGGGACACUGGAACUGUACAUACCUGGAAUGUCCCGGAAUCUGCUCUGUUGUGGGAGGGUCUCACGUCACCACUUAUGAUGGAAAGAGCUUCACCUUUAGUGGCAACUGUGACUACAUCCUCACUAAGCACUCUAAUGACAGUGAUAUUGCUGUCGUGGGAAAUCUGGCAAAGUGUGAUCUGGCCCGAACAGACACAUGUCUAAAUUCAAUUACCCUUGUCCUCUCAGGGACCACUAUUAGUUUUUCCUCCAGUGGAGUUGUGACACUGAAUGGAAUCAGCCCAUUUAAGCUUCCUGCUACCAUAGGUUUUGUGAGCAUCUUCCAGCCCUCUUCCUCCUACAUUAUUGCUGAUAUGAAGAGUCUUCGUCUAGAGAUCCAGUUGGCUCCAGUUAUGCAGUUGUAUAUUGUAGCCAGCACUGAAGAGAAAGGGAAAAUGAGUGGUCUGUGUGGAAACUAUAAUGAUGUCCAAACAGAUGACUUUAAAACAGAAUCAGGCAUCAUAGAGGGCACACCAAUAACUUUUGUCAACUUUUGGAAGAAAAACCCAUACAGCUGUCCAGAUCUUGAAAACACAUUUGACAACCCCUGCAGCAUGAGUGUGGACACAGAGAAACUUGCUAAAGACUGGUGUUCCCGCCUCACAAACCCAAAUGGCACCUUCGCCCCAUGUCAUUCAGAAAUAUGUCCUGAGAUUUACUUCCAACGGUGCGUCUACGACACAUGCAAGUGUGCAAAUAUUAGGAAGUGUAUGUGUGCGGCCGUGUCCACCUAUGCCCACGCAUGUGCUGCCAAAGGAGUCAUUCUCCAGGGCUGGAUGGAUUCAGACCCCUGUGUAUCUGAGUGUUCAGAAAACAUGAAGUACUCCUACAGCGUGACCAGCUGUGGCAGCACCUGCCGCUCUCUCAGUGAACAAGAUAACACCUGUCAAGGGUCCUUCAUACCUGUAGACGGCUGUGUGUGUUCUGAGGGAACAUAUCUUAAUGAAGCUGGCACCUGUGUACCUGCUCACCAGUGUCCUUGUUACAAAGACGACAACAUCAUAGAGCCAUUGGGAGUAUCCUACAUAGAUGGUGUAGCAUGCACCUGUAAACUUGGUAAAUUGCACUGCUCCAGUCCAGAAGACUGUGUGGCUCCAAUGGUCUUCUUCAAAUGCUCAAAUUAUGAACCUGGAAAAAAAGGGACAGAAUGUCAAAGGACAUGUCAGAACCAAGACCAAAACAAUUGCGUGAGCACUGGGUGUGUAUCAGGGUGUAUGUGUCCAGAUGACCUUCUGGCUGAUGGGAAAGGUGGGUGUGUGGAGAGUAAAGACUGCCCCUGUGUCCAUAAUGGAGUCACCUAUUCACCUGGACAGCAAGUUCAAGAGGACUGUAACACCUGCACAUGCACAAAUGGGAUGUGGGCUUGUACAGAUAAAGAGUGUUAUGGCACCUGUACCAUUUUUGGUGACGGUCAUUUCAUGACUUUUGAUGGCAAGAAAUAUUCUUUCCACGGAGACUGUGAACACAUCUUAGCCCAUGAUUACUGCAAUAAAGACCAGAGUCCAUAUUCUUUACGUCUGGUCACAGAGAACAUUCCCUGUGGCAGCAGCAGCACCAUUUGCUCCAAGUCUAUCAGUCUUUUCUUUGGGAGAUACAAGAUGAUUUUAUCUGAGGAGAAUGGGAUCAAAGUUGUUGAAAGCAAUGGCACUGAUUACCAAUAUCAAAUCCACACUGCUGGGAUAUACAAUGUCAUAGAGGUCAAAGGACUUUUGAACUUAAUUUGGGACAAUAAAACGAGUCUGAUGCUACAACUCCAUCCUAAAUUUAAGGGCAAGGUGUGUGGACUGUGUGGAAACUUUGAUGGUAAUGCGAACAAUGACUUUGUAAAGCAUGAUGGAGAAGAGGUCACUGAUGCAGUGGCAUUUGGGAAUAGCUGGAAGGUGAAUCCCAGCUGCCCAGAAAUGAGCAACUUGAUUAACCCAUGUGAAAAAAAUCCACAUCGGAGUGCCUGGGCUAUCAAACAAUGCAGCAUCAUCACAAGCCCAGUCUUUACAGAGUGCCAUUCAAGGGUGGACUCUGGUCCAUACUAUGAUGCCUGUGUAAGGGACACCUGUGCAUGUGACAGCGGAGGUGACUGUGAUUGUUUCUGUACUGCAGUGGCAGCUUAUGCUGCUGAAUGCCGUAAAAAAGGGGCUUGUGUAGCAUGGCGGAGCCCAAGCAUUUGCCCAUUAUUCUGUGAGUACUACAACAACCCUCCAACUGAAUGUGAGUGGCACUAUAAAACCUGUGGAUCGACCUGCAUGAAAACUUGCAGAAACCCAUCAGGAACCUGCUCUAAUCAAAUUCCUCUCCUAGAAGGGUGUUUUCCUCAGUGCCCUUCAGACAGGCCAUUUUUGAGGGAGGACACCAGGAAAUGUGUUACAGAGGCAGAAUGUGUUUCUCUGUGUACCUAUGAUGGGAAGAUAUAUAAUACUGGAGAAGUGGUGUACGAUACCACAGAUGGGAAUGGAACAUGUUUUACUGCUGUAUGUGGAUCCAGUGGCACAAUAAUAAGAACUAUUACAAAAUGCAUGACAACAACUACGCCAUUCACUUUCACAACUCCACCACAAACUACUAAAACAACAAUUACAAUAACGAUUACCAAGACUUCUACUUCUACACCUACUACAGUAACAUUAACAACACCAGAAAUGCCUUCAACAGCUACUUCAACUGUUUCUAUAUUGACAUCUACAUCACCAGAACCUUUUACUUCUGCUGUUACUGCUGUAACACCAUUCACCCAAACACCACCUCCGAUACGAACAGAAACGCCAUCAACAACUACUACAACUGUUGUUCCAACGACACCUAUAUCACCUGAAAUUACUACUACUACUGUUACUGCUGCAACACCACUGACAGAAAAACCACCACCAACAGUACCAGUAACACCGUCAACAGCUACGACUGCUGUUCCACCGACACCUACAGCACCACAAAUUUCUACUACUGCUGUUACUGCUGAAACACCAUCCACAGGAACACCACCUCCCAUAGGAACAGAAACACCACAUCCAGUACGAACAGAAACACCAUCAACAGCUACUACAACUGCUGUUCCACCAACACCUACAUUACCUGUAAUUACUACUGCUGUUACCGCUGAAACACCAUCCACCGAAACGCCACCUCCAGUACGAACAGAAACACCAUCAACAGCUACUACAACUGCUGUUCCACCAACACCUAUUUCACCUGAAAUUACUACUGCUGUUACUGCUGAAACACCAUCCACAGAAACACCACCUCCCAUAGGAACAGAAACGCCACCUCCAGUACGAACAGAAACACCAUCAACAGCUACUACAACUGCUGUUCCACCAACACCUAUUUCACCUGAAAUUACUACUGCUGUUACUGCUGAAACACCAUCUACAGAAACACCACCUCCCAUAGGAACAGAAACACCAUCAACAGCUACUACAACUGCUGUUCCACCAACACCUAUUUCACCUGAAAUUACUACUGCUGUUACUGCUGAAACACCAUCUACAGAAACACCACCUCCCAUAGAAACAGAAACACCAUCAACAGCUACUACAACUGCUGUUCCACCAACACCUAUAUCACCUGAAAUUACUACUGCUGUUACUGCUGAAACACCAUCUACAGAAACACCACCUCCCAUAGGAACAGAAACACCACCUCCAGUACGAACAGAAACACCAUCAACAGCUACUACAACUGCUGUUCCACCGACACCUACAGCACCAAAAAUUUCUACUACUGCUGUUACUGCUGAAACACCAUCCACAGAAUCACCACCUCCCAUAGGAACAGAAACACCACCUCCAGUACGAACAGAAACACCAUCAACAGCUACUACAACUGCUGUUCCACCGACACCUACAGCACCACAAAUUUCUACUACUGCUGUUACUGCUGAAACACCAUCUACAGAAUCCCCACCUCCCAUAGGAACAGAAACACCACCUCCAGUACGAACAGAAACACCAUCAACAGCUACUACAACUGCUGUUCCACCGACACCUACAGCACCACAAAUUUCUACUACUGCUGUUACUGCUGAAACACCAUUCACAGAAACACCACCUCCCAUAGGAACAGCAACACCACCUCCAGUACGAACAGAAACACCAUCAACAGCUACUACAACUGCUGUUCCACCAACACCUAUUUCACCUGAAAUUACUACUGCUGUUACUGCUGAAACACCACCUACAGAAACACCACCUCCCAUAGAAACAGAAACACCAUCAACAGCUACUACAACUGCUGUUCCACCAACACCUAUAUCACCUGAAAUUACUACUGCUGUUACUGCUGAAACACCAUCUACAGAAACACCACCUCCAGUACGAACAGAAACACCAUCAACAGCUACUACAACUGCUGUUCCACCAACAGCUAUGACACCUGAAAUUACUACUGCUGUUACUGCUGAAACACCAUCUACAGAAUCCCCACGUCCCAUAGGAACAGAAACACCAUCAACAGCUACUACAACUGCUGUUCCACCAACACCUAUAUCACCUGAAAUUACUACUGCUGUUACUGCUGAAACACCAUCUACAGAAUCCCCACCUCCCAUAGGAACAGAAACACCACCUCCAGUACGAACAGAAACACCAUCAACAGCUACUACAACUGCUGUUCCACCGACACCUAUAUCACCUGAAAUUACUACUGCUGUUACUGCUAAAACACCAUCCACAGAAACACCACCUCCCAUUGGAACAGAAACACCAUCAACAGCUACUACAACUGCUGUUCCACCAACACCUAUAUCACCUGAAAUUACUACUGCUGUUACUGCUGAAACACCAUCUACAGAAACAUCACCUCCCAUAGGAACAGAAACACCAUCAACAGCUACUACAACUGCUGCUCCACCGACAUCUAUUUCACCUGAAAUUACUACUGCUGUUACUACUGAAACACCAUCUACAGAAACACCACCUCCAGUACGAACAGAAACACCAUCAACAGCUACUACAACUGCUGCUCCACCGACACCUAUAUCACCUGAAAUUACUACUGCUGUUACUGCUGAAACACCAUCCACAGAAACACCACCUCCCAUAGGAACAGAAACACCACCUCCAGUACGAACAGAAACACCAUCAACAGCUACUACAACUGCUGUUCCACCAACACCUAUAUCACCUGAAAUUACUACUGCUGUUACUGCUGAAACACCAUCUACAGAAACACCACCUCCCAUAGAAACAGAAACACCAUCAACAGCUACUACAACUGCUGUUCCACCAACACCUAUAUCACCUGAAAUUACUACUGCUGUUACUGCUGAAACACCAUCUACAGAAACACCACCUCCCAUAGGAACAGAAACACCAUCAACAGCUACUACAACUGCUGUUCCACCAACACCUAUAUCACCUGAAAUUACUACUGCUGUUACUGCUGAAACACCAUCUACAGAAACAUCACCUCCCAUAGGAACAGAAACACCACCUCCAGUACGAACAGAAACACCAUCAACAGCUACUACAACUGCUGCUCCACCGACACCUAUAUCACCUGAAAUUACAACAGCUGUUACUGCUGAAACACCAUCUACAGAAACAUCACCUCCCAUAGAAACACCAUCAACAGAACAGAAACACCACCUCCAUACAGAAACACCACAUAGAACAGAAACACCAUCAACAGCUACUACAACUGCUGUUCCACCAACACCUAUAUCACCUGAAAUUACUACUGCUGUUACUGCUGAAACACCAUCUACAGAAACACCACCUCCCAUAGAACAGAAACACCAUCAACAGCUACUACAACUGCUGUUCCACCAACACCUAUAUCACCUGAAAUUACUACUGCUGUUACUGCUGAAACACCAUCUACAGAAACACCACCUGAAACCCAUAGGAACAGAAACACCAUCAACAGCUACUACAACUGCUGUUCCACCAACACCUAUAUCACCUGAAAUUACUACUGCUGUUACUGCUGAAACACCAUCUACAGAAACAUCACCUCCCAUAGGAACAGAAACACCACCUCCAGUACGAACAGAAACACCAUCAACAGCUACUACAACUGCUGUUCCACCAACACCUAUAUCACCUGAAAUUACUACUGCUGUUACUGCUGAAACACCAUCUACAGAAACAUCACCUCCCAUAGGAACAGAAACACCACCUCCAGUACGAACAGAAACACCAUCAACAGCUACUACAACUGCUGUUCCACCAACACCUAUAUCACCUGAAAUUACUACUGCUGUUACUGCUGAAACACCAUCUACAGAAACACCACCUCCCAUAGGAACAGAAACACCAUCAACAGCUACUACAACUGCUGUUCCACCAACACCUAUAUCACCUGAAAUUACUACACUGCUAAACACCACCUCCCAUAGAACAGAAACACCAUCAACAGCUACUACAACUGCUGUUCCACCAACACCUAUAUCACCUGAAAUUACUACUGCUGUUACUGCUGAAACACCAUCUACAGAAACACCACCUCCCAUAGGAACAGAAACACCAUCAACAGCUACUACAACUGCUGUUCCACCAACACCUAUAUCACCUGAAAUUACUACUGCUGUUACUGCUGAAACACCAUCUACAGAAACACCACCUCCCAUAGGAACAGAAACACCAUCAACAGCUACUACAACUGCUGUUCCACCAACACCUAUAUCACCUGAAAUUACUACUGCUGUUACUGCUGAAACACCAUCUACAGAAACAUCACCUCCCAUAGGAACAGAAACACCACCUCCAGUACGAACAGAAACACCAUCAACAGCUACUACAACUGCUGUUCCACCAACACCUAUAUCACCUGAAAUUACUACUGCUGUUACUGCUGAAACACCAUCUACAGAAACACCACCUCCCAUAGGAACAGAAACACCAUCAACAGCAACAGCUACUACAACUGCUGAACAGAAACAACAGCUAACAGAAACACCAUCAACAGCUACUACAACUGCUGUUCCACCAACACCUAUAUCACCUGAAAUUACUACUGCUGUUACUGCUGAAACACCAUCUACAGAAACACCACCUCCCAUAGGAACAGAAACACCAUCAACAGCUACUACAACUGCUGUUCCACCAACACCUAUAUCACCUGAAAUUACUACUGAAACACCUCAACAGUUACUGCUGAAACACCAUCCUACAGAAACACCACCUCCCAUAGGAACAGAAACACCAUCAACAGCUACUACAACUGCUGUUCCACCAACACCUAUAUCACCUGAAAUUACUACUGCUGUUACUGCUGAAACACCAUCUACAGAAACACCACCUCCCAUAGGAACAGAAACACCACCUCCAGUACGAACAGAAACACCAUCAACAGCUACUACAACUGCUGUUCCACCAACACCUAUAUCACCUGAAAUUACUACUGCUGUUACUGCUGAAACACCAUCUACAGAAACACCACCUCCCAUAGGAACAGAAACACCAUCAACAGCUACUACAACUGCUGUUCCACCAACACCUAUAUCACCUGAAAUUACUACUGCUGUUACUGCUGAAACACCAUCUACAGAAACACCACCUCCCAUAGGAACAGAAACACCAUCAACAGCUACUACAACUGCUGUUCCACCAACACCUAUAUCACCUGAAAUUACUACUGCUGUUACUGCUGAAACACCAUCUACAGAAACACCACCUCCCAUAGGAACAGAAACACCAUCAACAGCUACUACAACUGCUGUUCCACCGACACCUAUAUCACCUGAAAUUACUACUGCUGUUACUAAACACCACCUAGGAACAGAAACACCACCUCCAGUACGAACAGAAACACCAUCAACAGCUACUACAACUGCUGUUCCACCAACACCUACAUCACCUAAAAUUCCUACCACUGCUGUUACUGCUGAAACACCAUCUACAGAAACACCACCUCCCAUAGGAACAGAAACACCAUCAACAGCUACUACAACUGCUGCUCCACCAACACCUAUAUCACCUGAAAUUACUACUGCUGUUACUGCUGAAACACCAUCCACAGAAACACCACCUCCCAUAGGAACAGAAACACCACCAACUACAACAUUUGUUACAUCAUCACUUUUGACAACAACGCCAUCAGUGACACAAAAACCAACAACAAUGUUCACUGUGCAUACAGAAUCAACUGAAAUGACACAUGUCACAUCACCUCAAAUUGUCAUCACAACGAGCUGUUAUUGCACAUAUGCAAAUCAAACAUUCCCACCCGAGUCUGUGAUCUACAACAAAACUGAUAAAGCGGGAUGGUGCUACUUUGCAUACUGCAACUCCGAUUGUGUUAGUGAAAUAACACAGAAACCCUGCCCUCAGACUACUACAGUUCCAGUUUCAACUGUUUCAAAUGACUGUACUGAUGUCAACAGAAAGGAUGGAGAGUCAUGGAAUGAAGGAUGUACCACUAAAAACUGCAUACAUGGGGAAGUCAUCACAAGCCCUGUACAGUGUGAUCCAGCUGAUUCUGUCAUACCUACAUGUGUGAAUGGACUUAAACCUGAGAAGGUUUAUUAUAACAAUGGCUGCUGCGUUAAGUAUGAGUGUCAAUGUCGAUGCAGUGGCUGGGGUGACCCUCAUUACAAUACUUUUGAUGGAACUUAUUAUGCUUUCCAAGGAAACUGCGACUAUGUGUUGGUCCGAGAAAUCAUCCCAAAAUACAAUAUCAGUGUCCAUGUUAAAAACUACUAUUGCGAUGUUACAAAUAAUUUUGCUUGCCCUGAGUAUGUGAUUGUGAAGUACAAAUCUUAUGAAAUCAAGCUAUCAAGUAACAGUAAAGAAAUGCAGGUCUAUGUCAAUGAUGUUGUAAAGGUCCCAACCUUCUUGAAUGAAGACUUCAGCAUUACCACUUCUGGCAUGGCAGUGAUUCUGAAUAUCAAUGAAAUCAAAGCUGAAAUUUUAGUCAGUCAUCAAGGCUUUGAGAUCAAUCUUCCAUUCUCCUACUUCCAUGGUAAUACGGAGGGACAGUGUGGGGUUUGUGACAAUGAUGCCACAAAUGACUGCAGACGUCCUGAUGGAACAAUUGACCAAUCAUGUGAGCAAAUGGCAGCAUUGUGGGCAGACUCUCCAGGAUGUGAAAUCCUUCCACCACGUCCAAGCGAACCUACUCCUUCCUGCACAGCACAAAUCUGCGAUGUCAUUAAGAGCGAUUUGUUCAAGAGCUGUCAUGACAUCAUUCCCUAUCAAAGCUACUAUGAGGCAUGUAAAUAUGAUGUUUGCUACAAAAAUGACUCCAUGGCCUGUGCCAGUGUGGAAGCCUAUGCACAGCAAUGUGGCCAGGAGUCUAUCUGUGUGGACUGGAGAGGCUCAGCCGACCUCAACGGGCUAUGCACAUACAAAUGUGCCGAUCACAAAGUCUACAAGGCAUGUGGGCCUAAAGUGGAAAAAACCUGCAGUACAAGAUACAAUGAGAUGUUUGUGGAAAACCAAAGCAAAAAUGACAAUCAAACAUUCAUGGAAGGUUGUUUCUGUCCCGACAACACAUAUCUAGUUAGUUCAACAACAGAUAAGUGUACACCUACUUGCGAUUGCAUCGGCCCUGAUGGAAUACCAAGACAGCCUGGAGAUACAUGGAUUGUUAACUGUACAACAUACAAGUGCUCCAGUGAGAGCUUUGGUGUUGUCCAAGAGCCUAUGAAUUGUCCGACCAUAAAGCCCUGUGGCCAUGGAUACAAAAGCGUGAUUGAAAACUGCUGUCCAACCUGCGUGUGUGAUACCAGCCUGUGUUCUACGAAAUGUGAUGUGGGAUAUGAGUUAGCAGCAGAUAAACCUGAGAACAGUUGCUGUGCACCCUGUGUGCCUAAAGAAGUCUGUGUAUACAAUAACUCUGAGUACCAGCCUGGAGUUAAAAUCCCUACGGAGCCUUGUUUGGAAUGUUACUGUGAAAUGGCUAAAGACCCACAGACUGAACUACAUCCUGUGGAAUGCGUUAAUAAAGUCUGUACACCUUGCGCUGAGGGCUUUGAGCGUGUGGAACAAGAAGGAGAGUGCUGUGGAACAUGCAAGCAAAAUGCCUGUAUUUAUACUGCGCCAGACAACACCACACAUACUCUCGAGGUUGGAGAAGUGCAAAAUUACAAAUGCGAGAAUGUUACCUGCAGUGAAACUAAUGGCUUGUUUGUAACAGAGAAGAACACACCAAAAUGCCCUUACUUUAAUCCAGAUGACUGUGAGCCUGGAACUGAGAGAUAUGAUGCAGAUGGAUGUUGCAAGAUCUGUGAGCCCAAGUCCUGCAUUGUUCUGAAGAACACCACCCAUGUGGAUGCAAACGACUGCAAAUCCAUCUACCCCAUAGAAGUGACGUCCUGCAGUGGUCACUGUGGCACCCAAUCAAUGUAUUCAAUGGAAAAGAACAUCAUGAUGCACAGCUGUUCUUGUUGCCGAGAAGAGAAAUUCAGCAGACGACAGGUGACGCUGAAGUGUGCCGAUGACAGCGAGAUCGUUCAUGACUACAUUCACAUUGAGAGCUGCACAUGCACUCCUACCAAGUGUGAAGAAUAGAAGAUCUGAAGACUGGAUAAAAGAUGCUGAUCUUAAUCAAAGCUUUUCCUUUGAUUAUUGCUGAUUUGAACUAAAUUACUUGAUAUUUUUAAGUAAUAACAACUGAAGUUGUGUUUAGAAUAAUCUAAUAAAAACUAAUUCAUGCUUUUAUUUUAGGGAUAUGGUUUUCACUUAUUUUGAAAUGUCUGUAGCAGGACUAUUUCAAUUGUUUCUUUGUUUUCAAGCUUUUUUGCUUUCUUCUAUGAUGUAAUAAAAAUUCUAUAUAAUUUUAAUGAAAUGAAUGUUCAACAAAAUAAAAAGUUAACCUGCAACAAAGUUCAUUGCUUU